AUGAGCGAAGAGUGUGCUAAUCCUCUCCUGUUGGGGUGGAUUAAGGAAUGGCUAGAUCAAGCCAGAGAACGGAACAGCAAGGGCGUGACGGUGUAUAAGAAGGCUUAUGAGUCGAUGAAAUCUUGUCCAUUGGAGUUUCAGCAUCCAUCUCAGGCGCAGCAGCUGAACGGACUGGGGCCAAAACUAUGUGACCGUUUAACAGACAAACUCAAGAGUUAUUGUGAAGAAAAUGGACUCCCCAUGCCGGAACCACCAGAUAAAGGUGGCAAAAGAACAUCGGAUGGUGCGACUUCCGAUCAACCCGCAAAGAAACCCAGAAAAGUCAAGCCCUAUGUGCCAGCACUGCGGUCUGGUCCAUAUGCCAUUAUGCUAGGGCUGGGAACUCAGGAUGAGAAUGCAUCACAGGGCAUGACCAAGGCCCAGUUGAUCGAGGUGGCUCAGCCAUACUGCGAUACUUCAUUCACAGCGCCUCCUGACCCGACGAAGUUCUACACUGCUUGGAACUCAAUGAAAACACUGAUUCAGAAAGACCUUGUAUACGAGCACGGUCGUCCAUUGCGGAAAUAUCUGCUUUCUGAAGAAGGUUGGGAGGUCGUCAAACGUCUCCAAAAGACAUUGCCUGGUGCCCAAAACACGCUAUCCUUCGCCGGUGACUCCCAAUCUGCAACUUCUCAAUCGCAAAGCGGCCAUACAGCAGGGGGCACUGGACUACCUGAAGAUGAAGAUAAUGGACCAAUAGAUGCCCAAGAUGAUCUAACCGAGCAGGACAUAGCCAACAUCGAGCCUGUCUUCCUCCCGCCCAAAAGCUUCACAAUCCAGCUUGUGCUAGAUACACGAGAAGUACGCACUCCAGCCGAUCGUGACUACAUCUCAGGCGAACUCCAGAAGCAAGGAAUCAUACCCCAAGUCCGCGCCCUGGAAGUGGGCGAUGCAAUGUGGGUAGCUAAAUGCAAUGACCCGAACUACCUCAUCGCCCACGGCGAAGAAGGCGACGAAGUGAUGCUCGACUGGAUCAUCGAGCGAAAACGUCUUGACGACCUAGUCGGGUCUAUCAAAGAUGGACGAUUCCAUGAACAAAAGUUCCGUCUCCGUCGCUCAGGCAUCAAAAACGUCAUAUACCUCAUCGAAGAGUUCGCAAUCACGCACCCCGACUCGACAAGCGGAAGUGGAGCACAAUACCAAGAAAUGGUAGCAUCAGCUAUCGCAUCAACCCAAGUCCUCAAUGAAUACUUCAUCAAAAAGACAAAACAUCUCGACGAAUCAAUCCGCUAUCUAGCGCGUAUGACACUUCUCUUACGAAAGAUGUACGGAGUCGAAGACCCACCCUCAACUCCCGCUGGACAAGCAGAAUCAAGCUCCAAUACAACUCAAAAUACCAGCCCGCCAACUCCCAUUUCUAAAGUCGCCCUUAUCCCCGGCCGCCGUCUUGCCACAGACUCCUACCUUACCAUUCUUGACAAUCUCCGUUCUCAAGAUUCGUCUGUUACAUACGGCGUUUCAUUCUCGACUUUCGGGGCGCUUACUUCCAAGUCCGAUAUUCUUACGCUUCGGGAUGUUUUCUUGAAGAUGCUGAUGUGUACCCGUGGUGUGACGGGCGAGAAGGCCCUCGAAAUACAGCAAAUCUGGCCGACGCCGCGGCAUUUGAUCGAGGCAUAUAUGGCUCUUGAGCCUAGUGCGCGGGAGACUAUGAUAUCGACCCGCAUGCAAGAAGUAGUUGGACGGAAGAAGAUUGCUAAAGAGCUUAGCAAGCGGAUUGCCGAGAUUUGGGGGCAGUCUAGUUAA